AGCCAACUGCAGCAGUGACUGACUAACUAUAAGGAAAUAACGCAAAAAAAAGGACUGAAGAAAACAUCCUCUCAUUUUGUCAAAUGUUUAUUUGAAGGCAGUGAACAGUCUCAACAGGAACACAUUCACUGCUGCAGACAUCAGGAUCAAGAAGUAUGGAGGAUUCCUGCUUGGUCCGAUGUGACAGCCUGGAUGCUGGGUCAGGGUGUGACAGCGAGGUGAUGACCCUGAACGACCAUAUGACCCUUGACCCUGAGGGCUCUGACCCCACAACAAACCUGGAGCCUUCACCAGCAGAACUGGCUCAGUGUGAGGCUGAAGUGGGCACGCUGCUCAGCAUCAUUGCUGAAUUGAACAAGAAGAUGGGGUCAUUAAAGGCACCAAGUGAACCAGGAGACCUGAGACCACCGAGACCAUCCAGGCCUCUGGUUCCAGACCUCCUGUCCCACAGGCUGGUCAGAAGCAGCCCAGAGAGGAACACUGCCUCUACUGCCACAUCUAAACCUCCACUGACUGUCCGAGGGGGCGGUGGUGUAGUGUGGACUAAACUUGAGGAGGUUUUAACAUCAGUCGAGGACUCCAUCAGCUGUAAAAGGUCCUGGGCCGCCCCCAUCACAGCUUCUGACCAGAACAAGCACAGAGAGCACCUGAGAGCAGCCCAGGAGAGCUGGGUUCAGGCCACUCAGAUAUUGGAGGAGAUGGAAAUAGAGUUUGGGAUUUCAUGCCCACCAGGCCUGCCAAAGGACCAGUAUCAGGAGGACUUCCUGGAUCUGGAGAAGCGAGACUCUGCUCUCGUGAGCAGCUUUCAGAGUCACCAGGAGGAGCUGGAGAGAGCACAAAGCACCAUCAGCCAGAUGGAGGAGGAGAAGAACAAGGUAGAAGAGAGGGUUUUGUCUGAGACAGGGCUGGUUGGUCUCCAUAAGGCCUGGAGGUCAGGCUGUCGCUCUCCUUCCUGUCGGCCCACUGCAGGAACUCUUAGUCCAGACUGGGCCUCUCCUCCCUUCCCUGGUUCACCACUACUCCACAGAAGAACAUCCAGAGCUGUAACACCUCUGUCUGUGGGUGGGGAUGGUUCUCCAGCGGGCUCUGUUAACUCAUGCAGUCCUUGUCCUAGUCCGAUCAGCCUGGAGUCUGAGACAGAACGACUGAACAGGUGCAUUGAGAGGCUGAGGGCCAGAAAUGAACGUCUGACUGCAGCUCUGGAGCAAAGGAAGGGAGAGUCAGAGCAGAUCAGUAUUACACUAAACAGACUGGAGGCGGACUGCUCUGCCCUACAGAUGGCUCUCAGAUACUGUGAGGAGUGUGAGGAGGCCUACAGCGAGCUGCUGUCACUUUAUGACGCCAAGAAGCAGCAAAGCAUUCCUCUGCAGACAGACUCAGCAGAGUCGGUCAGUGACAGGCAGCAGCCUGAAAGUCCAGCUCAGCUCACGGAAAUGGGACCUGAAGAGCUGUCCACCUCCUUCUCAACAGCAGGAGUCCCAGAGGAGACGGAAACACAGAGUCACACAGGGCAGAGGACACCUGAGCUGGUGGAGCGAGAGGCUGUUCUCCUUCAGCAAAUUGAGCGCCUGAAGAGGGACCGGGCUGCCAUUUGUCUUCCUAAGCCGAGCCCAGGAGUUGAGGGCAAAAUGAGCCACGAAACUGGUCACCCGGCUAGAUCAAGAGGAGGACAAGUGACUAAAGAUAACGCCAAACCUCCUGAUACCAAGAAAGAGAAGGCUUCCUUUUACCAACUCAUCUCUGUCAGGGAGGAGAUGUCAGAUCUGCGAGCACUAAUCCGCCUCAAGGAGAAAGAGCUGAGGUGUCUGGAGUGGGGUUUAAUGGCCCAGAAGGCCCAGGAAGCAGCUGGAGCUUUCGUCCCAGAAAGCCUCAGAGAUGAGAUGGAGGAUCGUAAGACUGAACAACAGAGGCUCUGUGAAAAUGCAGCUAACCCAGGUAAUGAUGGGGACAUCGCUGAUCCUCGAACCAGACCCAUUCUGAAAGAGCUGCAGGCCGUCCUGCAAAGGGAACAAGCCCUGAAGAAGAGACUGGCUUUAGUCCAAGACUCACUAAACUCAGCUCUGUCAGACAGCCACUCGCACAGGAGGGACAAUGGAGAGCAGACUGCUCGGCUCACACAAGCUCACAGUAAAGCCUUGAGUUCGUACCGGCAGAUACGCAGGAAGUACCGGGAGCAGGUGUGGAGGCUGGAGCAGAAAGUGGUGGCCAUGACCGAGAGUCACCAGCACCAAAGUGGAGCGAUAAAAGUUGCAGGGGAGGCCUUGGAGUGGAGGAGGGAAGAGACUAUUCUGUGAUUUUUCCGUCAGAGAAUCAGCUGUCCGACUGUAAUGGUCAAAUUUACCCACAUCAACUAUAAUGGACAGUCGCUUUAGCUGUUGCUGCUGCAAGGAAUUGUGGGACAGCAUCUCCUUUCCCUUCGUAAAGGAUGAUCCAGUGUACCCUAUGCUAAAGGACAUAUGAAAGGAAGCAUUGAAGCACUUUUCCUUCGCAUUUAUGCUAGAGGUGUGUGUGGAGUCGGGGUCGUGACUUCCCUGAAACAGAUUUCAUCUAAAAUGUCAGGAUUUCAAGGCUGUUAACUACAUGCCUUUCCACAAGACUCUCACCAGCGCAGAAUUGUAACAAAUGUUGAUCUAGAGCAGCCCCCCCCCUCCACCCUCUCGAGGAAAUUGGGAAAGACAAUUCAAAACUACCGUAUCAUUGAACUAUCUUUUUAACCAAAUUACACACAUUUAGGCUCUUCCAUGUGAUCUUCUUUCAACUAAUGUAAUAACUAAUGUCAUUUAUUUUCACUUCCAUUCACUGAGCCUCCCCUGAAACAGUUCGUAGCCCCCCUGGGAAAGCCUGCUUCACACUUUAAAAACCUCUGAUCUAGAGUGACGUAAAAGUGAAUUACGAUAUGAGUGUUCAGAUUGCGGUUGGAUUGCAAAAAAUCUGAUCAGCAUCUGAUUUAUGAUCACAUAUGAAAAUGCCCCAAAUCAGAAUUUAAAAGAUCAGAUUCCAUGUAAUUUGUGCUGUUCAUGCUUUUCUGAAAAAAACAGAUCUAAGUUACAUAUGCGGGGGAAAAAUGUACUUUUGACAGCAGUGUGAACGUAGCCUUGAGUAUUUCACCAUCUUUUAUCAUGCAGGCCACUCAGAUACUUUUGGAUUAUUUCACUCAGAUAGGAACUUUCCUAAUUAAAAUAACUAUUACUUAGUCUUGUUAAUAAGAUAUGUUAAUACAUUGGUAGUGGUUAGGCUUCCAAAUAGAACACAGUGUGAGUUCAAUACCAGGGCUGCCACCAUUGUUCCCCUGAGCAAGGCACUUUACCCCGAGAGACUGUCCCUGUAGUUAGUUCACUGUAAGUCGCUCUGGAUAAGAGCGUCUGCCAAAUGACAAAUGUAAUGUAAAAGUUAUAUUGUUACUUAAGUUUUCUGUCCUUGUAAAGAGAUAUGUAUCUUUUCAUGUAUUUAUCUGUCAACCCAUAAAGGACAUCUACAGCA